AUGGUGCUGAACAUUAUCCGUCUUUAUUGUCUGUAUAUUAUUGAUGGCACGAUCGUUGUUGCCAUUAUGCUGACGACAGUGGAAGCCGUGAAGUUUAUUGUACUAAUCCUCGAAUCAUGGAGCAAGCGAGGUGCAUUGAGGCAACCAUACUCAAAUUAUCCACCAGAGGCUCUGGCUGGAACUAUCAGUCUAUCCACUUUCUGGUGGCUCAACCGCUUGAUGUGGCUAGGAUACAAGGACUCGCUGACUUUGAAUAUGCUGUCUGAACUUGAUCCAAAAAUGAGUGCGAAGAAUACGUCGCACAGAUUCAGUGCUGAUUGGAAACGAGUCGACCAGCACAAACCCGCUGCUUUGCUCAAAUACUGUUUCUGGAGCAAUAAAUGGCUUUUGAUAGCUGGUGUCAUUCCUCGAUUGUGUCUUAUUGCAUUUACAUUUUCACAGCCAUUUUUACUAGCGAGGGUCAUUGCUCAUGAAGAAGACCCCAAUUCAUCUCAGGCGUCUCGUACCUGGGAUGUGAUUGCAUACGUUGUGGUCUAUGUCGGCAUUGCUCUUUCAACCGGCGCAUUCAUGUACUUCACCACAAAAUUCGUUACCGUAAUUAGAGGGGGCCUUAUAGGGCUUCUUUUUGAAAAGGCCUUGGAACGCAACCCAAAAAAUACCGGAGAAGCCGUUUCCUCCACCAUCACUCUUUUGAACAGCGAUACCGAGCGAAUCAACCUUGGUCUCCAACAGAUUCAUAACACGUAUGCCUGUUUAAUUGAGAUUGGUAUAUCAGCGUGGCUUUUGGCUCGUCAGCUGGGUCUUGCCACUGUUGGAAGCGUAUUGUUUUGUUUCUCAUGUGUCAUAGCCGGCAAUAUAAUCGCAACAAUGGCGAACAAAUGGCUCAAGUUGUGGCUCGGUGCUAUCGAAAAACGAGUCGAUUUUACGACACGGAUUGUGAAUCAAUAUCGAUCCGUGAAAAUGGCUGGUCUCUCUAAAUUGCUUGCAUCCAAGGUGUCUUGGUUCCGCGAGGAUGAGAUUAGGAUUUCCAAGACAUAUCGGACGUAUAUCGUUGGGAUCUUCAGUUUAACUUACGUGUCGAAUACGAUUGCGCCGGUACUCGGCUUCACGAUCUUUGUUCUCUCCAAAACAGUGCACGGUUCUCGAGUUCUGGAUUCAACUCGUGCCUUCUCUGCCCUUACGGUUUUUUCUUUACUAACUCAGGCAGUAAGCAUGUUCAUUCAAUCGAUCCUCGAGGUGAUAAAUUGUCUUGGCUGCUUUGGGCGAUAUCAAAAAUAUCUCGCCGGAGAAGGAAAAUCCGAGGAAAUCAAUGUGCCAAACCCGCUCGAAGAGAUUGAAGAACGAUAUGACACGUUGCCUCAAGCCUACGAAAUGAACACUAGUUUUGAGCUGGCUGGCUUGCAAUCCUCGCCCAGCCAUGACACAUUCACCGACCUUUCAGUCGAUCAGACUAUCGUCGUUGCCAAAAACGCAUCGAUCGGCUGGGACAACGAGCGACCCAUCAUCUCAAGCGCAACAUUCACCAUAAACCAGGGCAGUUUGACCGUUAUACAAGGCGACACUGCUUCUGGAAAAUCGACGCUGGUAAAAGCCCUUCUCGGAGUUGCGGUUGUACAACGAGGCAGUUUUGCACCGCGGUUCCAAAACGCUGGGUAUAGUAGCCAGGAUGCCUGGCUCAUGAAGGGGACUGUGAGGGAGAAUGUCGUUGGUCCGUCAAAAUUUGAUGCCAAGUGGUAUGAGAUGGUACUUGACUGCUGCGCGCUGAAUAUGGAUAUUUCGCGUAUGGGGCAGGGGGAUCAGACUCUUAUCGGAGGUGAGGGUAUUCGACUAAGUGGUGGUCAGCAAUCACGUUUGGCGCUGGCUAGAGCCGUGUAUUCACGGCAUGGCGUUAUGAUAUUCGAUGAUAUUUUCAGUGCUCUUGACCCCGCCACGAUGAACACGAUUAUGACUAAACUGUUCGCUCAGAACGGGCUCUUUAGGAGAUUGAAGACCAGUCUCAUCAUCGUGUCGAAUAACACUUCCCUUGCCCAACUAGCAGAUUCCAUCCUCAAGAUAAAUAACGACGGAGGGAUAGAGGAAACAAUCAACGAAACCACUCCUAUAUCAGACUCUUCAUUCCAAGUUCCCGAAUCCGAAUUCGUUUCCAACGCUUCUGCGCCCACUCUUAGUUUUCAGACAGAGAAGCCGCAGCAUAGGAACUCCGCAGUAACAGCUCUGCCCGCGGUAGACGGGAGCCCAGAAACCAAAAACGCGAUCAAAGGGAAAAAGGAGCAAAAGGGUAAUGACAAGGUGUAUAGGAUACUGAUGUUAUUGAUCGUGGCUAACUCGGCAUCGAAAUUACAUGCUUCGAUGAUCGGGACAUUAUUUAGGGCGCCUGUACUGUGGAUUCUGCAAAGAGACGAUGGCGAUGUUAUCAACAGAUUCAGUCAAGACCUAGGCCUGGUCGAUGCCGUCAUACCUCUGUCCAGCUUCGUCACAGUCUUUUCCGGAUUGACAUGCAUUAUCCAAGCAAUUUUCAUUUGCGUCUCGUCCAAGUAUCUGGUCAUCGUCGUCGUCGGUUCCAUCUUCAUCUUAUACAUCGUUCAGAUAUUCUACCUCCGUACAUCACGACAACUACGAAUUCUGGAUCUAGAAGCAACAGCACCCCUCGUUUCGCAGGUCCUCGAAGCCCUGCAGGGAAACAUCACCAUAAAAGCUCUCGGAUGGGAAUCGGCCUUCCGAGAACGACAACUCCAAUUACUCGACCAAUCCCAAAAACCAUACUACCUACUUCCCAUGGUCCAGCGAUGGCUCGGCUUCGUCCUCGAUCUGAUCGUAGCCGGCAUCGCAGUUGUCCUCGUCUCUCUGACUGUGAUGGUAAGAGGAAGCGCAACCACUACUUUCCUGGGCGCCGGUCUCACUGGUGUGAUUAACUUUGCGCUGAAUAUGAACUUGUUGAUUCAGAAUUGGACGAUUCUGGAAACUGCUAUUCAGGCAAUUUGGCGUAUUAAGCUAUUUUGUGAGGAUACGCCGUCUGAAGAGACGGGGUCGACUAUUGAGCCUCCACCGAAUUGGCCUUCGGCGGGCAGGGUUUCGUUUCAGAAUGUUUAUGCCUCUUAUGUGGAUGGAGCGAUGGAUGUUCUUGAAGAUAUCACAUUCGAAGUGGAGCCUGGUGAGAAGAUUGGUAUUUGUGGGCGAACUGGAAGUGGCAAGAGCUCCAUGCUAUCCGCACUCUCCAAAAUCCUCCAAACCUCUCGCGGGAGCAUCACAGUCGAUGGCCUUGAUCUAAAAUGGAUAUCACCGGAUACUCUACGUGAGAAAAUACUGACGCUCCCACAAAAUGCGGUCCUGGUACCAGGAGACAUGCGAGAAAAUGUCGACCCGAGCGGCACUCUGUCCGAUAGGGAAUGCAUUUCCUUCCUCGAAAAAGUGGGAUUGUGGGAGUUCCUUGAGCGGCAAGGUGGGCUCCAUGCACCUGCGAAUGAGCAGUCGCUUUCGGCUGGGCAGAGUCAGCUUUUGGUUCUGGCUAGAGCACUCGCGCAUCCUAGUUCUAUUAUGAUGAUGGACGAGAUUACAAGCAGUCUCGACGCAAAAACGGACAUUCUCAUACGAGACCUUAUCAAAGAAAACUUCAAAUCCAACACAAUCAUCAGCGUGGCGCAUAAACUCGAACAUUUGAUUGAAUGCGACAAGGUAGUGGUAAUACACAAUGGUCGUCUUCAAGAAUACGAUGACCCUCGUGUGCUGUUGGAAAAGUCAGAUUCGCAUUUCAGAGCUUUAUUCUUUUGA